AAUGGGUUAGCCUCUUGUGGAGAAAAGGAUUACGGAAUUACGGUAGUGCUGGGACUGUGUGUGCAGUCUAAAUGACGAAGUGGAACUUGUUCAAGCAUCAGACAACGCCCAUGGUCGCUGCUAACCCAACGGGGGCCAGUGCCUUGACUGUGACUCCAGCCCCCGUCGCAUUGGUCUCUACCAACACCGACAACUCCACGGAGCCGGUCAACAAGAGCGAUGACUUCGACGAGAUCAAAAACAAGUUCCUGAAUGAAAUCAACAAGCUCCCACUGCCGUCCUGGGCCAUCAUUGCCAUUGCCGUGGUCGCUGCUUUACUCAUUCUAACAUGCUGCUUCUGCAUCAUCAAGAAAUGCUGUUGCAAGAAGAAGAAGAACAAGAAGGGCAAGAAGGGGAAGGGUGACAUGGGAAUGAAGAACCUGAAAGGGGGAGAGAAACAACAGGAUGACGACGAUGAAGAAGACGAUGUGGAACCUGGACUGACCGGAGACGAGAAAGAGGAGGAAGUGAAGGAGAAGGAAAAGCUCGGGAAGCUGCAGUACUCCAUUGAUUACGACUUCCAGGAGAACAAGAUGACUGUGGGAAUCCUGCAAGCAGCUGAUCUGCUCUCCAUGGACAGCGGCGGCACCUCCGACCCCUACGUCAAGGUCUUCGUCCUCCCUGACAAGAAGAAGAAGUACGACACAAAGGUUCACAAGAAAACGCUCAAUCCUGUCUUCAAUGAGACCUUCAUCUUCAAGAUUCCAUUCCAAGAGAUGGGAGGAAAGUCUCUGGUUAUGUCGGUGUAUGACUUUGACCGCUUCUCUAAACAUGAUGUCAUCGGAGAGAUUAAAAUAGCCAUGAACACCCUUGACCUGGCCAAGCCAAUUGAGGAGUGGAGAGACCUGGACAGCGCAGAUCAAGAAGAGCCGGAGAAGCUUGGUGACAUUUGCAUCUCUCUGCGUUACGUCCCAACUGCUGGCAAACUUACCAUCUGUAUUCUGGAGGCCAAGAACCUGAAGAAAAUGGACGUGGGAGGACUGUCAGAUCCCUACGUGAAAAUUAACCUUCUGCAGAAUGGAAAGAGGCUGAAGAAGAAGAAGACGACAGUGAAGAAGAACACUUUGAAUCCGUACUACAAUGAGUCCUUCAGCUUUGAGAUUCCUCUUGAGCAAAUGCAGAAAAUCCUAGCUGUGAUCACAGUGCUGGAUUAUGACAAGAUUGGCAAGAACGAUGCCAUUGGGAAGAUCUUGGUGGGAAGCAAGAGCACGGGGGCCGGGCUCAAACACUGGUCCGACAUGCUGGCCAACCCGCGUCGCCCCAUCGCCCAGUGGCAUCCACUGCAGCCGGAGGAGGAGGUGGAUGCCGCCCUCGCAGCGCUGAAUGCCAAGAAGUAAACCCUCUCCUGAACACAUUGUCCACACCUCCACCUUACCCACCCAUGCAUUUCCAAUCAUGUCCCCAGGUCCCGCAUAUCAGUGUAUAUUCCAGAA